AUGAAUUUCCUUUCAUUCUCUCAACCUUCAAUUAUUAGCGAGUGCGUCUCCUCCCACCGUUCAACUCUUCAACUACCUGUUGUCUGCUCCACAGACUCAUCCCUAACCACUGACGACCUUUUAACUACCUUAUCUUUUGAUCCUUCUUCUACUUCUAUUUCUAUUUCUACUUCUACUUCUACUUCUACUUCUACUCCUAAUUCUAUCUCUACCUCUUCGACAGAUGCUUUCUUUCAGUCCUCUCCUACUACUAUCAAUAGUACCUCCUCCUCAACUUCUACUUUUGACCAAGAUCCCCUUAAUAGCCUUCUUGAAAACUCUCAACACAUCCCUAAAGACAUGAUCAACUCUUUCUCUCCAGAAUAUACUUGGGAUGAUGCUUCUUGCUCCCCUACUUUUUCUAAUUUCUCUCUUCAAACUACUUCUGAUGAUUCAGUAGUACAUUCUACGGCCGUCGCUACUACUGCUUCUGUUGUUGUUGGUGGUGCUGGUACUGUCACUUCCACUGCCACUGCCACUGGUGCUGGUGCUGGUGCUGGUGCUGCCACAGCCACAGCCACGGCCACUGCUGUUACUGCAGUUGAGAAUAACUUUCUUAGUUCUCCUGCUUUACCCCUAAUGGUCCAUCAACCUUCCCCUGAAUUAAUCCAAUCUCUUCAAAUGGUCCCUCCUCUUUCUACCUCUGCCCCAUCUCCUCCUCCAACUCAACUCUCUUCCUCGUUUUUUUACGGGAAUUCUACAAUUGAUUUGACUUUUGGACAACCUAUCCAUUCUCUACCUGGUUACCCCAAUAUUGACUCCUCCAUUUCAUCUUCUAUUAACAACCACAACAUGACUCUUAAUAAUAAUAAUAAUAAUAAUAAUAUUAAUAAUAAUGUCCUCUUUUCUGAAGUUGUCAAUACUGCUACUCCUAUCCCAAUUUCUCAAGGACAAUUGUUUUCUACCUUUUCUGACAAUUAUGACGAUGCUUCCACUGACGUUUCAAUUUAUGUCCCUCCCAUAGAAGGAACCUUUUUGGACUCUCGUAAAAAUGCUACUUCUUUUAUCGAUCCCACAUGUUAUAUCGUGGACCAGUUAACCUUACCAAAUCCUGCUUCUUUACUUGAAACUUCAUCAUUUGCCCCACAACAACACUUGUCAUCUGCAAGUACAUUAUUUGCUGAAACAAGAGCAACGACUCCUAUUAAUGAUUGUUAUUCUUCUUCUUGUGCACCAUCACCUUGUGCUCCCAUUAAUAUUAACAUUAAUAAUAAUCCUAUAACCCCUCAACCCCAACAAAUCACUAAUUUAACUCCAACUAUACCUACAACAACAUCUUGUCAUAAUAAUAAUAAUAAUAGUAAUAAUAAUAAUAAUAAUAAUAAUAAUCAUAAUCAUACCCAUGGCGAGCUUGAUCAUAAUGGAAGACCACCUCGCAAGUUCACUAAACGUCGCUACCGGUGUAACCAUUGUGAUGCCACCUUUUUCCACACUUGUAUCGAUGAAUACGUGCAACAUGUUUUGGAUGCUGAAGCUGAGAGUAGCCGGUCUGCAGUUGGUCGUAUCUAUAAGUGUGAUGACCCUACUUGUCCAUGGGCUCAUAUUGGCUUCACUCGUAAGCUUGAGAAGAAGCGUCAUAUGGAUCGCAAACACAAACCUCCUAGAUAUGAGUGUAGAUACUGGACUCAAUCUGGAACAGAGGCUUUCCCUGAAGCUGGGAGAUGUGCUUCGCGCUGGCACGCGGAUAUUGGAAGUCGCAGAAGACAUGAGACUAAUGUCCAUGGGCGGCCGUGGGAUGAUACUUGUGCUCUUAAGGCUCGUGAGAAUAAGGCGAGAAAUAAGCUUUAG